AUGGCGUAUACACAUAAACAUGUGAAGGUGAAGGACACAGGAUUGCUGAAAAGUGAGGAGUUGCACAACUAUAUUCUGGAAACUAGUGUAUAUCCACGCGAGGCAGAACCUCUUAAGGAGCUGAGAGAAGCAACUAAAAAUUCCCCACGGUCCUUUAUGGCUGCCUCACCAAUUGCUGGACAAAUGAUAUCAUUCCUGUUGAAAAAGGAGAAUGCUAAAAAGACUAUUGAAGUUGGAGUGUUUAUUGGAUAUUCCCUCUUGCUAACUGCUCUUUCAAUCCCGGAUGAUGGCAAGAUUACUGCAAUUGAUUGUGAUAGGGAAGCCUAUGAGAUCGGCUUGCCAUCCAUCCAAAAAGCCGGUGUUGAAGACAAGAUCGACUUCAUUCUAUCCGAUGGGCGUCUAGCUCUUGAUAAUCUUCUGCUCAACGCAGAAAACGAGGGGAGUUUCGACUUUGCCUUUGUGGACGCGGACAAGCCUAGCUACCAGAACUACCAUGAGAGGUUGAUGAAACUCAUCAAAACUCUUUGGGCUGGAACAGUUGCCAUACCUGAAUCACAAGUACCAGACAACAUGAUGAAGAGUCGAAACGCCCUCAUUAUAUUCAACAAGUACCUGGCUGAUGAUCAUAGCAUUGACAUUGCACAACUUCCUCUAGGAGACGGUAUUACUUUCUGUAGACGUCUAUAUUGAUAUGUACUUUCAUAUGUCAUCGUGCUUGAAACCAACAUAAGUGGCUGGAGUUGGCGGAUGCUGGUGCGUGGCUCAAGUAAAAACCUGCGUAGCUGAGCUGGUUAACAACUUGUGUUAGGUGUUAGGUGUUAGUUCAGUAUGAUCAUUUCUUCUCUGUUGAACAAUUUGUGGGAAGUGCAAUAUUGUGUUUGAUUCAUUAACUUUGAUUUUGUUGGGACUGUAAUAAUGUGCUUGAUGCACAAAAUUUGAUUUUGUUGGUCAAUUAAUACUUUGAAAUACAACUACUACCCUGUUUCAAGGAUUAGAAAUUAGUGUCUUUCUCCUGCACUCCCGCAACUAGCAAUUGUACAGGGUAUUCUCACCUUUGUUAUCAGAGCAAGCACAACGAUCUCGAUAGUUGUACUUGUACUUUCUCUGAGGGGCUAGUUGUACGGGAUACAUAUCAGCAGGCUGGUAGGAACCAGUAGCAGAAUAAGGCAAGAAGGAAGCUACCUGCAACAUCUCUAUCAGUCGGGUAGGUGAUCAUCCCAAUCAGCAAUGGCUGUAUCGGCAUGGUAUGAUCAGGGUAUACAAUAUGGGUCAACGGGUCGCUAUCCUAUGGAUCGUAGUCCAUACCCACCCGGCCCGCCUAUAUAUAUG